UCCGGUCGUACUAUUAUAUCGUCGUCGUAGAAGCUAGUGAUUUGGUGAUUUGGUGAUGUUAAUUAUCCAUAAACUCUGUAAAGUGAUUUCUUAUUGACUGAUCCAAUAAAUCUGUGAAUUUAACAAAACAAGAUAAUUAAAGAUGGAUAGUAUCAACACCUGUACUAUCGAAACUGAGGAUGGCCUUGUUUGUGGAUAUAUUGAUACGAAUAAUAAGAAUAAAUACUACAAGUUCAAGAGUAUACCCUAUGCCAGACCUCCUGUGGGAUUAUUACGAUUUAGACCACCCUUACCAGUUACACCUUGGACCGGAAAAAUGGACUGCACACAAGAUUCACCAUUUGCAUUUACUUAUAACAGUAUGUUAAAAGAAAUUUUGGGUUCAGAAGAUUGUCUAUACAUAGAGCUCUCUACACCAAAUAUCAAACCUGAUAAACUAUUACCAGUCAUGUUUUGGAUUGGAACCUAUAUCUUCUCAGUUUCUAUAGAUGAGUACUUAGACCCAUCAUUACUAAAUGACCAAGGAGUUGUGUUUGUAAGAUGUGGCUUCAGAUUGGGGCCAUUUGGGUUCCUUUCUAUCAAUGACUUUUCUGCACCAGGAAAUUGUGGCCUAAAAGAUAUAGUCAUGGCACUAAAGUGGGUACAGAAGAACAUAGCUAAAUUUGGUGGGGACCCAAAUAAUGUCACAAUAUUUGGAAGCAGCUCAGGAGGUUCUGCUGUCCAUUUGUUAAUGUUGUCUCCUAUGGCUAAAGGAUUAUUUCACAAGGCUAUUUCUCAGAGUUCUACUGCCUUUAAUAAUUGGUCACUUGGUCAAAAUCCUACGCAGCAAGCUUUGGAGUUGACCGAAAUGUUGGGCAUAACAAAAUCAAAUAAUAUUGAAGUUAUAGAAGAACUAAGAUCAGUGCCAGCUGAAGAUAUUAUGCAUGCAUUUGUAGAAAUGGAAAGUAAAUUAUCUCUAUUAGAUACAAGAGAUAUUUUUAAUACAUCUUUUAAACCAUGCAUAGAAGAUGAUUAUGAAGGUGUACCAGCAUUUCUAACUAAAAGUCCAAUGGCAAUUAUUAAAUCAGGAAAUUUCAACAAGGUACCUCUUUUGAUUGGUAGUAACAAUAUAGAAGCAAAUAUAUUAGAAUAUAUUAAAAGUAACUUUUAUGAUGAAUUUGAAAAAUACAAUGAAAAUGUUAGUUUACUAGUGCCAAGAUCAUUAUCACUACAUGAUACCAAAGUAUCCAAAAAUAUUGGCCAAAAACUUUUAAAAUUCUACUUGGCUGAUGAGGAUAAACUGACUGAAAAUAAUAAAUCACAAUAUUUGCAGCUGAUAAGUGAUUAUUACUUUCUUUAUUAUGUAAACAAAACUGUAAGGGCUCAUGCUGAAUUUGCAUCUGAAUGUCCUGUAUUUUAUUACAUAUUCAACUGUCCAUCAGACUGGACAGUUCCAGAAGAUCUUCAAUUUCUAACUGGCUUAUGUCACAGCUCGGAACUACCUUUUAUAUUUAAAAUUAAAUCACCUGAUGCAUCGGAAGCCGCGAAGACAAGUUCCAAGGGAAGCCGAGAAUCUAUCUUAACUCGACAGAGAGUGGUUAAAAUGUGGACGAACUUUGCAAGAUGUGGAAACCCAACACCAGAUGAAGAUGAUCCACUACUAGAGAUUAAGUGGGACCCAGUUGAAAACAAGGACAAGUUGAAUUAUCUCAGCAUAGGCACUGAGCUCACUAAAGGCAGAAAUCCAUUUCGAGAGAGAAUGAACUUUUGGGAAGAAAUACACACAGAAAAUAGUUUAUUGAGGAUGCUUGUGCAUUUUACGAAUAAAGGUAUAUCAUGUUAAAAUGCCUGCAUUUCUACAUGCUUUUAAAAGUAUUGAAACUCACUAAUGUACCUUAGUGAAAUAGAUCUCUAUCAAUUAAUUAAAAUGGCUUAGUAAUUUUAAAAUUUGCAAUGGACAAUGACAAUAUUCAUA